AUGUCUAAAGAGGAAGUGAAACACCACAAGGCAGUCAGAGGGGCAUACAGAGGACACUGCAAUCAAGACAUCAAACGCGCGCAACUACUUAUGGCUGAUACUGAGGUUAUAAACAACACAGAACUGAAAGCAAUUGCAGAGCGGCUCUCAAGACGAUUGGACGAAAUAAAAGCAAUGGAUUGCACGAUCUUGAACGCACUUUGGAAAGGACGAAGAAAUAAGCGAAGAGACAGAUCAAGCAUUGACGUUCCAAGACGAUAUCUAUUAUUAGAUUCUGAAAAUUAAAGAAUUUGUAACAGACGAACAUCAUCCGGUGA